AUGUGGACUCCAAGGCGGUGUCUUCAAGAAGAUCACGGCACGAGAGCGCCGCCACCGCCCGAUCCGAGGAUCUUGGGCUUUCACCCGGAGCAUGUAGAAGGACAGGGAGAAGCCUCAACAACGCCUUCAAGAAGGGAACGGCGUCCGCGGACGUCGCCGUCGUGGCCCGGGUGGGCAAGGGUUUCCCCUCGGCGAACUCUCCCCGCCUUCUAUCCAGCACACCGACCGCCGGAGCGGUCGAUCCACUUCCACCGCACGCAGCUCGCCGGCCACCACGUCGCCCCCGCGACCAUGGUUUCCGGCCAGCUCCAGAGCCACUGGCACGCCCGCCAACCAAAAUGGCUCCCACCGACCAGGGCCGCCGCCCCGGAACCUAACUCUGAGCACGGCAAGCUGCUACGCACAGAAGACACCAUCGUGAGGGCCGCAGACGCCGACCAAGGACUCCGGGCCGCCGUAGCACCGCCGCCGACCCACUGGAAAGAGCACCCCCUGCCAGAUCGACCACCAAACCGCCCCCGAGGCGGCCGGAGCACGCAGAUCUGGGCAGAGAUGGAUGGGCUCGAAGGGCCCGGGCCCCUGCCCGGCCCGAAUCGAGGCGGCCAGACCCGAUCUGGAUCCGCACAGCCCACAGCAUGCAGGUCUCCUCCAUGGUCGGCCGGACGAGCGCCGUUGCCCACCACGCCUUGCCGAGCUGGACCUCCACCCGACGUCGCCGCGCAUCACCAGGCCACCGCGCGCAGAGCUCGCGCCACCCGCCGCCGACCACUCCGGGGAGCAACCGCCGCGAGCACGCACGAGGCCACGCAGCCACCACGCCACGUACCAAAUCUUGACUGGGCAGGGCGUCCCAAAACGAAGAAGAGGGCUAUAUUUUGGGACGCGCAACCCGUCCCUGUGAAAAACCACCGUCCGACCGCCGUCGUCUCCUCUGGCCACGUCGUCGCCGUCCUCUUCUCCGACUGCCGGAGUUCGGCCCGCCGACCCCGUCUCCGUGGAUCUCCUCUCCGGCCACGCCGACUCCCGUCCGGCUGCGCCGCUUCUGUCCGCUGCGCCGCUGCGCCGCCGUGCCGCCUGGGCCACCCCCGUCCUGCCGCGCCGCCCCUGUCUGGCCGCGACGCCCGCGCCGUCCCCGUCCCGGUACGGCUUCGUUUCUGCGCGCUGCGUUCUCGGUUCUGA